AUGGAACCACCGCUGCCAACGACCGUGUCUGCGUGCACCUCCGAGACGGCGAGGGGCAAGCACGUGUUCAACAUCGCCGGCUACCAUCUGCACAAGGGUAUGGGCGCCGGCGAGUCCAUACGGUCCGCCACCUUCGCCGUCGGCGGCUACGACUGGUGCGUCCGCUACUACCCCGAUGGGGACAUAUCCCGGGACUGCAGGGGCUAUGUCUCGGUCUACCUCGAGCUCCUCACCAGGGACGCCGAGGUCAGGGCGGACUACGUGUUCAGGCUCAUCGACUCGACCAGCGCUCUGCCGUCGGUGGUCCGCAGGUUUACCAGCAAGUACACCCCCGUCGACCCAGAUGAAGAUCCCGAUGGCUAUGGAGCUAACAAGUUCAUAAAACAGAGUGAGCUAGCAUCGUACCUAAGGGACGACCGCCUGGUGAUUGAGUGUGAAGUCAAGGUUAUCAAUGCUAAAACAAAAACUGAGGUGCAGGAUGUGCCGCCCUCGGACCUGCCGAAUCAUCUCGGGAAAUUGCUGGAUGGCAAGAGAGGAGCAGACGUGACUUUUGAGGUUGAAGGCGAGGUUUUCUCUGCUCACAACUCACAAGAUUAUGCUCGCUACGCGAUCGCGCCGGUCUUCGACGCUCAACUCUAUGGACCCCUGAGCGAUGCCGGUGCUACGAGUAAGAACAUAAUCGUCAAAGACAUGGAGCCCCCUGUUUUCAAGGCGUUGCUUCACUUCAUCUACACGGAUUCUCUGCCUGCUAUGGAUGACGUUGAUGAUGGUGAGAGUGAAGACAUGGUUAAGCACUUGCUCGUGGCUGCGGAUAGAUAUGCCAUGGACAGGAUGAAGUUGAUGUGUGAAGUUAUUCUAUGCAAGAGCCUUGAUGUCGAGACUGCGGCGACCACGUUGGCUCUAGCUGAUCAGCAUCACUGCAGCAAGCUGAAAGAUGCUUGUGUUGAAUAUAUCCUCUCUUCAAACAGACUGAAUGCCAUGGUGGCAAGCAAAGGGUACGCACACCUCAAAAGAUCAUGUCCUGCUCUCAUGUUUGAUGUCUUUGAGAGGGCUACCAAGUCUCGGAAAAUUUAA